AUACGGAGUCUCUGGUGGGCGGGGCUUGCAGCCAGGGGGUGGAGCUUGCGCCCCUGUUGGCUCUGCGGAAGGCGGCGACGUGGCCGAGGGAAGCCUGUUUGUGUCUAAACUGAGGCUCAGCCACGCCGGCUCUGGAUUGGUGGCGGGGCGGGGCAGGCCCGGGUCUCCAGCCGGAAGCGGAAGUGGAGGAAGAUGCAGGACCAUCAGCACGUGCCCAUCGACAUCCAGACCAGCAAGCUGCUCGACUGGCUAGUGGACAGAAGGCAUUGCAACCUGAAAUGGCAGAGUCUGGUGCUGACAAUCCGAGAGAAGAUCAAUGCUGCCAUCCAGGACAUGCCAGAGAGUGAAGAGAUUGCCCAGCUGCUCUCUGGAUCCUACAUUCACUACUUCCACUGCCUAAGAAUCGUGGACCUUCUCAAAGGCACUGAGGCAUCCACGAAAAAUAUUUUUGGCCGGUACUCUUCACAGCGGAUGAAGGAUUGGCAGGAGAUCAUAGCACUGUAUGAGAAGGACAACACCUACUUAGUGGAACUCUCUAGCCUUCUGGUUCGGAACGUCAACUAUGAGAUACCCUCACUGAAGAAGCAGAUCACCAAGUGCCAGCAGCUACAGCAAGAAUACAGCCGCAAGGAGGAGGAGGGCCAGGCAGGGGCUGCUGCGAUGCGGGAGCAGUUUUACCACUCCUGCAAGCAGUACGGCAUCACGGGAGACAAUGUCCGAAGAGAACUGCUGGCCCUAGUGAAGGACCUGCCCAGUCAACUGGUUGAGAUUGGGACAGGGGCUCAGUGCCUGGGGGAAGCCAUCGACCUGUACCAGGCCUGUGUGGAGUUUGUAUGUGAAAGCCCCACCGAGCAGGUGUUGCCGAUGCUGCGAUUCGUGCAGAAGCGGGGAAACUCAACAGUGUAUGAAUGGAGGACGGGGACAGAGCCGUUGGUGGUGGAGCGACCACACCUUGAGGAGCCUCCUGAGCAGGUGGAAGAAGAUGCGAUUGACUGGGGUGACUUUGGGGUAGAGGCGGUUUCCGAGGGUACUGACUCCGGCAUCUCUGCUGAGGUAGCUGCAAUUGACUGGCACAUCCCCCUGGAAUCAGACUCAAAGGAGCCAGGGGGUGAUGAGAUAGACUGGGGAGACAAUGCUGCUGCUUUGCAGAUCACAGUGCUGGAAGCAGGAACCCAGGCUCCAGAAGGUGUUGCCAGGGGCUCAGACGCUCUGACACUUCUUGAAUACCCUGAGACUCGGAAUCAGUUCAUUGAUGAGCUCAUGGAGCUCGAGAUCUUCUUGUCCCAGAGGGCAGUGGAGAUGAGUGAGGAGGCAGACAUCCUGUCCGUGAGCCAGUUCCAGCUGGCUCCAGCCAUCCUGCAGGGCCAGACCAAAGGGAAGAUGGUUACCAUGGUGUCAGUGCUACAGGAUCUGAUUGGCCAGCUCACCAAUCUUCGAAUGCAACACCUGUUUAUGAUCUUGGCCUCCCCAAGGUAUGUGGACCGAGUGACGGAAUUCCUCCAGCAGAAGCUGAAGCAGUCCCAGCUCCUGGCCCUGAAGAAAGAACUGAUGGUGCAGAAGCAGCAGGAGGCGCUUCAGGAGCAGGCAGCUCUGGAGCCCAAGUUAGACCUGUUGCUGGAGAAGACAAGGGAGCUGCAGAAGCUGAUUGAAGCUGACAUCUCUAAGAGGUACAACGGGCGCCCCGUGAACCUGAUGGGAACCUCUCUGUGACACUCUCCACGUCUUCUCAGCCUCUGGGAUUGAAGUGGGACAGCCAGGGAUGAUAUUGUCGG